AUGUCCAAGACGACUAUUGCUAUCAUAGCAGCGACGUCUGCGUUUGCAGGCGCGUCGCUGACGGCUUUACUAUUUCCUGGCCACCGAAAAGAUGAGUCCAUACCGACUGGGACAUUGAAUCAGACACCAACAAUACCUGCACCAUCAACUCCCACUCCGGUCCCUGUCCCAGUCCCAGUACCUGUCGCUGUACCGGUCCAAACUCCUUCUCCUGCCAUCAUCCCGCCCGUCGAUCCCUCUGGCAUCCUCCGCUAUGGGUUUCCUGGCCCCAUUGCCGAUACCUUGACCACACCCUCUCAUCUCUCUGCCUUUAACAGGUUCACUCGGAACCCCCAUUGGGUAGCAGAACAUUUCACGGCGCAGUCUCUGCUGCUGAACAAUGGAUCUCGACGGAACAGCGUGUUUUACGAGGAUCUGUCGAUUCCACCAAUGUUUCGAGCAAAACUUUCCGACUACUUUCGCAGCGGGUACGACAGGGGGCAUCAGGUUCCAGCAGCAGAUGCGAAAUGGUCACAAGAGGCGAUGGAUUCCACAUUCGUCUUAAGCAAUAUGUGCCCACAAGUUGGAGAGGGGUUCAAUCGAGAUUAUUGGGCUCAUUUUGAGGAAUUCUGUCGAGAUCUGGUUAAGAGAUUCCCAAGUGUACGAGUGGUAACUGGUCCCUUAUACUUGCCCAAAAAAGACGAACGGGAUGGGAAAUGGAGGGUUUCUUACGAAGUGAUUGGCAAUCCCCCAAAUGUCGCCGUGCCCACCCACUUUUUCAAAGUCAUCUUCGCUGAGGAGGCAGCCCAAAGCCCAAACGGACCUGUGGCCCUUGGCGCUUUCGUCUUGCCCAACGCUGAGAUACCCAACUCCAAGAGCUUGAGUGAUUUCGAAGUCCCUCUUGAAGCGGUCGAAAGAGCCAGCGGACUGGUAUUUGCCGAGAAACUGUCACCAGAGAGGAGAAAACGACUCUGCAGGGAAGUUCGAUGUGAGAUAAUGGUUCGUGAAUUCGACAAGAGUCGUCAAAUAUCGCAGGCCUCGAAAGGCACGCUUCAAAUCCAGAAACCUGGACCAAAGUUGUAA